AUGCUGACUGCCUGCCGAGGACAUGUUGAGCCUUCCAUUCCCUUGGCUAAGUGGGUGGCCUCCCUGCCAUCCAAACUCCAAUCCAACCCGAGCCUCCUCACCAUUGCAAGUGAGGCAGCUGCUGAACCCAAAGGUCCUGCAGUCGAACUGGCGCAGUGCUCACCCACUCCCUUGCUCCCGGGUAAGCGUGGCUGCAAAAACAUUCGCUUGGGAGGAGCAUCGACUUGCCGCUCAGCAAUCCGAGCAGCGAAGGCCGUUGUGAGUGACAUCGGGGAGGUCAGCGCAGCAAAAAGCAAUGGCUUGGUGCGUCUCUCACACUGCUCUGAGAGCCAUAGUGAGCGUGAUGUGGAGGUGCUUUCACGGCAGUACAAGAUCCGCCUGCCUGUGCAAAUCUCAGAGCUCAAAAAGAGCCCGGGAGUUCGCUAUAUGGGCAGUUUCAAAGUGAUCAGCCUGCGCAGCUGGAUUGAAUUUUUGACAAAUUUCAAUGUUUGGCAUGUCAUGCUUGGCCUUCACCAUCCCGAUGAAGCACGCGAGCGUGCAAUCCUGACAGAAUUUUGGAGGCUAUACAAGGCAGCCAACCCACAGCACAUGCUGUGGCAGGUUGUAGAAGAGAAUUCGGUGGACCUCAGCAAAUGCCUUCCGAUUCUCUGUCAUGGAGAUGAAGGGCGUGGCAGGAAGAAGUCGCCCUUUUUAAUAACUGCCUAUCACAGUUGCCUGGGCUUUGGAACAGACUUAGCCAACAGCACACGUGCCCGUCGUCCAUACCUUUCCCUCCGCCUCAAUUAUUGUGGCAGCACCCACAUACAUCGGAUGCUGACCGGGUGCCUUCCCAAGAUGGUCAAGGACGAACAAGCCUUCAAAGACUUGUGUUCGUUUAUGGCUGCAGAUUGUGUCUCAAUGAUUGAGCAGGGCGUGGAAAGCAAGCACGGGGGCCGUGUCUGGGCGGCCUGCUUGAACAUCGUGGGAGAUUGGAUGUGGCUGGCCAAGGCGGCCAACUUGGAACGCAGCUUUUCCACGGUACAGAAAAGACCUUGGACCGCUGCCUCGGUCCCAAAAGGGAUUUGUCACUGGUGUCACGCCGGAAGGCGAGGCUUUGACUUUGAGGACAUGUCCAUGAAUGCAGCGCACAGGGGAACUAUGUUUCUGCAGGGUGAUCAGCCAUGGAGCACUCGACCAGUGUUCUUGGAUAUCCCACAUGAUCCUUCAAAACCUGCUGCGUUCUUCUAUUUUGAUUUGUGGCAUGGCUUCCAUUUGGGAAUGGGGAAGAGCUUCGUUGCCAGUGUUUUUGCAUUGAUCAGCGACCGGCUUCCUGGUGGUGCAGUGGAUGCGCGGUUCGCUCACUUGACGGACUUGUACCUUCAGUUCUGUGACGAGGAACGGACCGCUCCAUACAUCACUGCCAUUACCACCGCGCUGGUGGGAUGGCCUGACCGGAAGACAUAUCCAAACGGCCAAUGGCACAAAGGCCACACAACCACUGCCUUCUGCCAUUUCUUGGAGCGAUGGUUUGCUGUGAAUAACAUAGCAGGGGAUUUGCUUUUGCGCAAAUCUCAUGAGGCUACUGUUUGCAUCAACCGCUGCUUGCACAUGCUCUAUGCCAGUGACCUUUGGCUGAAACCUGCCAAGUGUCAAGCCAUCGGACAGCUGGGCAUGCGCUUCCUCUGCUUGUACCAGGAGCUUGCCAAAAUCAGCUACGAUCAGAACACAUCUUUCUAUGGGUACAUGCCAAAAAGCCACAUACUGCACCACCUAUUUGCAGACCUUGUUCAGGCUCAGACAACUUCUAUGAAUUGUUUGGCCUGGGCUGUCCAGGUGGAUGAAGAUUAUAUUGGGAAGAAGAGCAGGUUGGCGAGACGUGUUGCGCCGGCCACUGUGGUGCAACGUGUCAUCGAACGCACACUUUCAAUCUCAUAUGCGCACUGGCAUGAAGCUGGCUACUUGAAGGGGUAA